AUGGAAACCAUCGCCGAGGAGACUUUGACGCCUCCCCAAGAAGUUCUUACCCCUCCGAGUAUUUCUGAUGAAGAAUUGAAUGAGUACGUCCGCGUUCGAACGAUUCAUCGGAGAAAGAUCGUCGAGGUCAAGGAGAAAUACCUCGUUCUCAGGGACACUUCGAGCUCUGACGGGCUUCUUUAUCACCGAGAGGAAGAAGAUGUCAGGCUUGAAGAUAUUCACACCGAAGAAAAGAAGAUUUCCCUUGAUCAACUAAUAUUCGAAUGCAACAGCGCGUCAAAAACAUUCAAUCCUGGUCUUCCAACUCUGGCCAGCCAUCUCCACGCGAAGCUAUUUUCGAAACGGCGAGUUCCGGCGAGCAGAAUGGAAAGUCAGCCCGGAGCAAAAAAGAAGCCAAAAGUCGUUGAAGCCGAGUCAGAGCAAAAUCAGAUAGAGACGCAAGUGCAAAGCAGCCUGCGUAUUAUUAAAAAUAGAGAAAACGACGCACAUGACGAUGAGAGACUUUCGGAUCUUAUUGCUCUUAGAGAACAGCAAAUGGAGCUAGAGAAAGUUAAAUCGGAACCGGCGGAUGAAGAAGAUGACAAUUUGCCAGUCUCAAAUUUUCGAUCGAAGAUGAGCAUUUCCGAUUAUAUAAAUACCCCGCCGACGAUGGACGAGCUAACGAUGCAUUCUGCAGAAACCAGCGAAAAUCUACCGCAACCAGUGAUGGAAACAGCGCAAGAUUACUGCAACGAAGUGAAGCAAGAAAUCGACGACGAUCCGACCCCGACCAGCACCAUUUCGAACCAGUUUUCAAACCAAAACAGCAACGGCACCGACUACAACUUCUUUGGUUCCUGCUCGUCCUUUCAGAACUCCCCGUCGUCGACGAGCACGUCUAUGUCUUGUGAUGCCAUGGUCGAUUUGAGUGUUGGCUCUCUCGUUUGGGCCAAGUUCAUCGGCGACGCUCCGAAAGAACAAGAAGAAGAACUUUUCUACCCCGCGCUUAUCAAGCAAAUACUCGAUCAAAGAAGCGCGAACAUAAAAGUCGUCUAUCUCGACGCUGACUUCAUGAAAACUGUCACUAUCAAGAAAUCACAUGUGUUGCUUCUCAGCGAAGAUAGAAUUAGAAAGUCUGAUAUAAAAUUCUAUCGCAGAGUGACGGAAACUGACGCAAAUAUGAACUGCAGCAACGACAGGUGGUUACCAACUCAAGUGAUUGGCCUCUGGGGCCGUCGAAAACCGGAUGUCGAUAGCAAGGAUGUAAUGAGUAUGGCAACUAAAUGGUCGGGCUACGAAUGCCAAGACUUGAACGACGAUACAGUCAGGCUUGUUCAAAUGACCGACUGCGCAAUUGUCGUCAACGAGAAUAUUAUCAGAGAUUAUAGUAUACGAAUGCCGGACAAUCCUCUUCCUACUUAUGAACUAAAUUACAAUCCCUUCACGCCUCGAGUUCGCAAAACCAGUGCUGUGGAUACCUUGCUCGACAAGUUUCCCUUUUACCGUCAUGUUUUUCAUUUUGCUCCAUCAAAGCUGGCGGAUAAAUACAGAAUGCAAAUCGAGCACGUGAUGGGAGGAGAAGUCUGCGACAAAUUGGACGUCAACGAACAUGAUUUUUCAAAGACAAUUUUGUGUAUUGCAGAGGAUAAAGGAAAAACACUCAAGGGCUACAGUUCGAUCGGUCUCUUCUGUUUGGCCAGCGAUAUUCCGAUUGUCUCGAUAGAAUGGCUUGAAAAGUGCCUUAGAACGAAGAGGAAACGCGCGCUCGGGAAAAGAGACUAUAUCUUCGAGCCUAACCUGAGAAAUUUAUCAACGAUUCUGAAAGGAUAUUUAAUCAAAUUUUGCAUGAAGCCGCAGCAUCGCAACAAAAUGACGCGCAUCGCCAUUCGACUUGGCGCAAUUUGCACGGACAAAGAUGUUUCAGACGAGGCUAUUGAUACAUUCGUCGACUAUAUUGCCAUUCAUUAUGACAAGAAGCACUCAAGCAAAGUGCGUGGCGCCUCAAAUAUGACUGUGUCUACAGUUAGCUGCUCGACUUCGGUAGUUUGGCAAAACUUCAAAGAUCUUUUAAAAGCGUUACAGUCUGGAAAUGCUGCGGAGGUGGCUCAAUUAUUAGAGAGAAACAGAAAAUACCUGCUUACGCCCCUAGCAGGCAGUCCAAGCAAUGCAUCAAAGAAAUCGCAAAUCAACAAGGGUGAUUGCGAGCCAAUCGAGACGGAUGAGGGACCAAAGACACUGAGCAAGAGCAUUAUUGCGGAAAUUGGGAUUAUUUCGUCGCUCUACGACUUGGACGAGCAUCGUGCGCUCGAGCUUCUCUGGUCAGCUGAGCAUCGACUUGCGCAGUUUCCCGGUUUAACGCGUGGCCUCGUGGCCGUUUUGCUUUAUUGGGAUGGCAGGAAUGAUCUUCUGCAUUCGCUCAAGAACCUGUGCCAGUCUAGCUUUGGGAAUACGAAUAUGAACGCUGGAAUCGAUCAUGUGGCGGCGCAGUUUUUGGACUCGCUUUGGAACGAGAACAUCUUCGGCAGUUUGAUGAAGGCUUAUUCUAGUUUGAGUAUCGAGGGCGAACUGGAUAAGUUAGCCAAGCAAAGAGGACUUGGCGAUGCCGAGCACAAGCGAUCCGUGAGAAAUUUGAUAGUCAGCACAAAAAUGCUCCUUGCUGAGAGCAUCUACUGCUUGGCCUUCCACGAGCGAAUGUCAAAAAGCAACAUGAAAGAACUGGUCGAAUUCAUUGCCAAAAUGGAGCCAAAUGGAGAGGGGACGAUAAGCGAGUCCGACUGCACCCUGCUCUUUACAGUUAUUCACAUGAUCGAAGUGGAGCACACGGAUCACAUGGACUCACUCUCCGCUCUGCCGAUUCUUUCGGAUACAACGAGGAUAUCCCUGCUGCACACGAAAAUUUAUGAGUCACCUGACUUCAAGAAUGCGCAAAUUUUGAGCAUCGUUCAGUUGGCCUGGUCGAUGACUUUGAGCGGCCUUACUCAGCUACCAUUGAGCGCAAAUCUUGAAACACUCACUGAAUGCGAUGAUCAGUGCAUGGACAAGGCUCUUCAAGCUGGCGCCUUCACAUUCCUGAAAAAACUUGUCGACUCCGACGCAAUUCAGCCUCAAAACGAGCUUGUCAUUCGCCAAAUUCACAAACUCAUCACAGAUAUCAUUGUUCUAAUGCCUCUGAAACUGAAGGAGCUCCGAAAAGGCUCAACGCCAUCACUAUGGAUUGAGCUCGCCGAUCUGAUCACUGCUUUUUACAAGAAAUUUAGCUCGUUUGGAUUCCACGCUGAGUUUUGGAACGCUUUCCAAGGCCUGAAACCGACCCAUCGUUGUCUUGCACUUCAAGAUUUCAUCAGAAUCGACAUGGUUUCCGCAGAAUUAUAUGUUCCAACUGUGAAAAUGUUGGAAGCUCUAUCUCAAGAUGAAAUUUCGAGCUCUUCCUGUUUCCGCUUACUCCGACAAGCAGCUGGAAAUCUAUCUUGGGAACGAAUAUUUGAAUCGUUGAAGCAAUACUCUGAUCAUUUGAGAGUUGAGACAGGGCCUGAGAACACUAAUUGGUCGCAACAAGCUGGCAUCAGUCCUGAAGAAACGUCAGCAUUGAUUGCAGUGAUAAAAUUAACUUCUACAGUUGCGGAAAAUGACCCCAGUUCACGACAGGUUAUUUUGGAACAACAGGCGUGGCGCGUUCCGAUUUAUUUGAUGCAGCUUUUCCGGUGUGGCAUUGCUCCGUCGUUGAAAGCUGCCUGCUUCGAUUGUCUUCGCACACUUAUCGGAAACGAAGGUGCAGCGGCAUCUCUUUGGGUAUCGAUGGACGGUGAUCACGUGCUUCAAGGAAUCAUUCAAGAAGUCGAGCGAAUCGAGUCACAAGAAGAGCGAUAUCCUUUGACCAUCGCCUUCUGCAAUUUGAUCCAGAAACUUUGCGAGUAUCCACUUCCACUUAACUUCGGCGCCGGAGCUCGCUCACCUGGAGUCACAGCUUACAUUGAUUUCGCACUGAGCAACGUCCUACUUCGCCUAGACUCAUUUUCUUACAAAGAACCGUCGCAAAAAUGGGAGAUCACCAUCGCAGUACUGGACACAAUCUCUCUGUUGCUCGCUUCGUAUUCUCCUUCGCAAGAUGAUUUCAACACCGAGUCAACAACGCACCCAGGAUUCGGCAUUUUCAGAAAACUAUUAUCAGACUCUGCUCUUUUCCGAAAGCUUAUCGAUAUUAUGAGCGAGACGGGUUCACAUCUCGAGGAAUACCCAUCAUCGUACAACGAGGGACUUCUCAAAGCUGGUCAAAAAUCGCUUGGGAUCCUGUCUACAGCUAUUCGAGGAUCAAAAGUGUUCAUGAACAACUGCCGCGACGCUGGCGCAGGGAUCAUUCUCACUCCAAUUCACCAGCUACUUGCUUCAAUCAAUCCAAAAACACAAAAGGCCGAUUUUAUUCGACAGAUCGCAAAACUCGUUGGAUUCGCGUCUGAUCAACCUCUUCUUGCUCAAAGUGCACUAGAAAUCCUUCUCGACUUGUCCAAGCGAUAUUCUUCUGGCGACAUGCUGAGUCUGAUGGUUUCUGGGACAACUUCACAUCGAGAACAGUUGAUGAAAUCAUUCUGGCAAUGCUUGGAGCUCACUGAAGAGGAAGCCGGUUCCUGUCGGAUCACUGUCUUGAAACUCAUCCUGCAGUACAUUGACUGUCGAUCGAUUUCCUUUAGUCAUUUCCUCCUUGGUUAUCCUCUUCAAGCUCCUCUUUCCACCGCCAGUCUUCAAGAUCCAGGAAUCCUCAACGCUCCGAAGACUGUAUUGCAUGCGCUUCUCGCACUCCUGUCGAGUUCUGAUGAUGAUGAAAACGAAGAGCUACUUGAACUUGGGUAUGAAACUAUUUACAGACUUUGCUCGAAUACGGAAACAUCUGCUCCUGUGCUCAGAUAUUUGAGAUCGACAUAUGACUUUGUGUUUGAUCGACUGCAAGGAUUCAAGGAACCUCUUGAGGAGAUCUCUGUUGAGAAGCUCAGAAGCAUUGGUUGGCUUUUGAAGCUCUCUGCUCUUGAGCUACACUGCACAAAUCAGGCGAAACAGAGAAGUAUAACAGCACGACUUGUCCAGCUAAUUUUGCAGCGAGGAGAUGUCAGGCGCAUCGGACAGACGAAGAAUACGACUCUGACGAUUGGAGAACUAUCCGCUCUUGGCGCAGAUCACUCAACUUCACUUGCAAUCAUGUCAAUGUUCCGUGUGUUAGAUCUCACCGACGCUUAUCCCGAACCGCCAAAUUUUGAUCUCCUAGACAUCGGCGUUGUCGAACAACUGGCAACUCAGUCAAAAGAAGACGGCGUUAUUAAUUUACUCAAAGUUCACAACUCACUUCAAGGCGAACUCACAUCACAAGUCGACUCUAACGGCCAAAUCCCUGCAAGACUGGAAGCCGAAGUCACUGAAGUUUUACGAUGGCUACAAAGGAUUAAUAUCAACCAAAAACUGACCAUAGCAAAAGUACAUUUCUUGGAAGGAUGGCGACAGCUUCUCGAGGUCUGCAUCGCUGGGCCCAUGGAAAUUGUCCCAGGAGCAGUAAGAGUGUCAAUUUUGCAGGAAAUCCUGCAGGAAAUCUUGAGCUGCGUUAAUCGUCCCGAGUCAAUGACUUCACUCACGUCUAUGCUGUCGACAUUAGCGAUGGCGAUCAUGACUCACCUCAGAAUUUCUUUGAAGCAGCAACAAGACCCGAACGCUCUUCAUGAGACUUCGUCGGCAACAUUUUUGGAUGGAACUUUAAGUGAGAUGACUGCAACGCCAAUCAUCCCAUCGUCAACACUCUUGCCCAGUAUUGGCGAGGGGUUGAUUCAAUGGGCUAUUGGUGCGCAAAGUCAGCGCGUCAGAUCCCAUCUCUACGCCUCACUUCUCAACUACUUCCAGCUCCAACCUGACUUCCAAGUUCAAACGGACAUGCAUGCUUCCCGACUUUUCAACGAUACGAUCGUUAAUUCUGGGCCCAUUUCAAACUCGGCCGCGAGGAUUUUGAACCUUUAUGGAACAAGCAUCAUGCAAAUAACCUGUCAAGAUGCAGUUGACGGUCACUCAGUGACACGGACUCUCGCUUACGCGCUUCUCGAUUCGAUCAUGAGACGCGAUGGUGAUAAAAAGUGGCUCACAUUUAUGCGAGAGAAGGGAUACCUAAAGCAGGUCAUUUCAUCGUUGCUUCUCGAAGAUGCUGUUCUUGUCGAGUCCCUUCAAGGCAACGGAAAUCUCGCUUCAGUCUACGUCCACGAGUCCCGAAUGUCACUCCUCAGCACUCUCGCGAGGCAUCGAGUCGGUGCUAGAGCACUAGUCGAAACUGGCAUCAUUCAGCAGCUCUCAGAUGCUAAAUUUCUUGACAUGCGACCGGUUGUCUCGAACAUGGGCGACGGGCAAGGCAAUGAGGAGAAGAUCCAUCGAUACAGAAUGCUCCUUUUCCCUGUCUUGCGUCUGAUUAUGUGUCUUCAAAGCACACUAGGCGUUGGUAACGACAACAUCCAGCAACAUGUGUUCUACUUUGUCUACAAACACUUCGACGCACUCACCAAUGUGAUCUUCGCCUACAACAACCUAAGCACCGACAAAGAGUCUCUUGAAGAGAUCCAUCUGAUCACAUCCGUCCUCUGUAUCGUCGCUGGCCAUGACUUUCACGAUACCAAGAAGGAUAUCGAUGAUUCCGACUCGAUCACUAAUCUUGAGAUGCAGCAAAACAAGAUCCGACGGCUUUUAUUCGCACUUCAGUCGACUUACAUUCUUACAGAGUCCUGGGUUGAGAAGACUGAAAGAUCAGCAUAUCUCGCUGCCCAGAGAACGUCGGCGAACAUCACGAUGAUGAUCACACAGAUCAUCUUGAACACCUACUACAAGAACAAAGGCAGCAGUGUCAAUAUCGUUUUGAGUCCAAUUCUCUCUCCGGAGACGCUGUCCACUAGUGAAGACUUGCCCCUCGGAGUGAUCAUCAAGCUUCUAAAAGAAGCGACCGCGGAUUUCGUUGAGACCAUUCAGACGUUUACGCUGAAGCAGCGAAACUUGGAAAAUGUGGCAGCACUUCCUGCUGUCACCCUCGACGAGCUGGCCGGAGUUUCGAACGAUACGCUAGAAAGUGGCGAACGUUUGUCGCUUGCUCAAAAGCAACAAAAAGCCAAGGACUGUCUUCAGAAGCAGCUCUCUUUGAGCGAGAAAAUCAUGCAAAUCCAGCAUAUGCAGCUUGAGUCCGCAUCCUUUAUUGUCUGGAAACAUGUUGAGUUUUAUCUGUCGAAAGCGCCGAAGAAGAAUCGUUCAAUUCUCUUCGGCAACUCGGAUACAGGAGACGCAAAUAUGAGCGCAAAAGGACUGACAAAUGCCCAGUUGACUGAGUUGAAGCAAGGCCUUUCUUCCGCUUUGAAUGAAACGACAAUCAAGCGAUUGACCGAUGCUGAAGUCCAGUAUUUCCAGGCCAAGGGAGCUGAUGAGAAUGUCAGCCGCGACUUCAUCCAUCCUGUAGCCUACCGUAUUCAGAAAAUUGUCGAAUUGAACCGCGCAUAA